AUGUUUCGCACAGCACCACCGUCGCUGGGUGCCGAGCAUGGAAAGUCUGCACAGGUGGCGCACCAUCCCUCUAAGGCUUCAGGCCUCUCAGCGUAUCCGUAUCGGCUGAAUAUGUACGCGGUGCCACCUGUCCAGGACAUUACCGUGGAUGAAUUUGAGCAAUGGGCACUGGACCGGUUGCACAUACUCUCAGAGAUUGAGAAUGCAUCGGCACGCAAUCAAUCUUGGGCAGAGACAAAAAUGGCAAUUGAAAAAAGGAUGAAUGAGUACAUGCCAUUGCGGUCGAACGCAGUAGCACAGUCAGGUUCGAUGACGACAUCCACAGCAAAGACCAAAGAGCUCUUGGCAGAGAGACGCAAGGAUCAUAUAUCACACUUUGUGCUCCGUCUUGCUUUCUCGCGGUCGGAAGAGCUUCGGCGCCGCUUCGUUCAUGCCGAGUGCACGCUGUUUCGUUGGAAGUUGGAGACAGAGCACUUGGCAGAGCGAGAGGCUUUCCUCCAUUCACAGGACUUUGUGUGGCGUAUGGUGCCGCCAGAGGACCAGCACAGGUUUCGCGAACAGCUUGCGGCAGUGCAUCCGCGUCUGGGUUCCUCUGUUGAGUCUGAAUCAUUUGUCCAGGUCCCAUGGUAUAGGGUGCCGGAUCUCGUGGAGAAGCGCAAGGUGUUCGUUCACAAAGGGACCGCAUGGAUUCCGACAAGAGAGCAGGCGAGUCUCGUACUGGCGGAGUUCCAAGGCCGCCUGCAAACCCAGUUGGAGCUGACUGCACGCGCACUUCCGCGUCUCGAUGAGGAUGAUCGGCUUAUGCCAGUUCUCGAGCAUCUUAGCAUGGGCUCAAUGCUCGGCAUGUCCAAAGAAUAUGGGACAAGUGCUCUUGUGAGCACAGAUGGGGAGGCACUAUCCCUCACGGCCGAUAUGGUCGUGCCUCUUGUGCGAGAGCAUGCUCCAUUGUGUAUGCGGCACUUGCAGUCGGUCCUCUGGACGACACAUCACCUGCGUCAUUACUCGCGUCUACAGUACAACCUAUUCCUCAAGGAGCUUGGUCUUCCUGUCGAGGAGGCGCUUUUGUUCUGGCGCCGCUCCUUCAGCACGAUGUCGGACGACAAGUUUGCCAAGGAGCAUCGCUACAACAUUCGUCAUGGCUACGGUCUCGAGGGUCGCCGCGUCAAUUAUCCGGCCAAAAGCUGUGCCCGCAUCAUCACACAGGAUCCACCGGGUCCUCAGGACACGCACGGAUGUCCAUUCCGCCAUUUUUCGCAGGAAAACCUGUCUGCAGCACUUACUGCGCAUUAUGGCCUUGGGCCAAGUGAGCAGGCUGACAUUCUGGCUGCAGCAAAAGCUGGGCACUACCAUGUGGCAUGCACGCGUGUGUUUGAGCUGACGCACAAAGCGCAAGGCGUGACACCAGGCGACGGUCUAGGCCAAGGUGAGAGUGUUUCACAUCCAAAUCGGUAUACGGAGGCUAGUUGGCGCCUGGCUCAAGAGUCAUCGGCGCCGCCGAGUUCCGAGGCAGGCCUUGGGUAA